AUGGAAAGAACUCCGUUACUGUCGGACAACAAACAAAGCAGUGGGUCUUACGGUGGAUAUGUGAGUGACGGGAGAUCUGUGGAGUCUGGAGAAGUACCCUCGAGCCGAUUUCGGCUCAUGAGCCCGGAUUUGGAAGACCCAGAAAAUGCAUAUUUGGCCGAGCUCGAUGAUCCCAAAAAUAUCGAGUCUGGCAUCACGUCCAUAAAACACGAAGCUAAAGUCAUCCUCACACAAUCGGUGCCCCUCACAUUGACAUUUUUCAUGGAGUAUUCUAUGGCAGUGACUUCACUUUUCGUGAUCGGUCAUUUCGGCACAUCUGAAAACCUGGCUUCAGCGUCGCUCGCAGCAAUGACCUUUAAUAUCACAGGACUCGCCGUCAUUGAAGGCAUGGCCACCUCGCUCGACACUUUUUGCGCCCAGGCUUAUGGCGCCCAAAAAUAUUCCAAAGUCGGACUUUAUUUUCUGCGUUGCACCGCGAUGAUCACCGUUGCAGCAAUCCCCGUGGCAAUCUUCUGGUGGACUAGUGCUUUCUGGCUACGAUUUGUGAUUCCAGAACUUCAAUUGCUCCCCGAAGCCCAGAGCUUUUUGCGAAUCUCAUCGUUCGGCCUCCCGGGCCUCAUUCUUUUCGAGACCGGAAAACGCUUUGCUCAGUCCCAAGGCUUCUAUGACGCGGGGACCUGGGUCCUAGCUGUCGCAGUACCCAUGAAUGUACUCAUGAGCAUCGUCAUAACGAAAAAUUUUGGUUGCCUUGGCGCCCCAACAGCUAUGGCUAUUACUGAUUGGCUUUUGGCACUGAUUCUCUUCGUUUACUGCCGAUAUUUCGAACCCAGCAUAUGCGACUGUUGGUAUCCUUUCACCAGCAGCUGGCACCAUUUCAAGCGCGUGUUUCAGCAUUGGGGUGUUAUGUGGAAUCUGGCAUUCCCCGGUCUGGUGAUGAUCGAGUCGGAAUAUUUGUCAUUUGAGAUUCUGACCAUAAUGUCAUCUCACUUUGGUGUGGAAGCGAUUGCUGCCCAAUCUGUGGUUGCAAAUGUCGGUUCUUUGAUGUACCAGAUCCCGUUUUCCAUAGGCUGCGUGGUGUCAACGCGAGUUGCGGGUUACGUGGGGAUGGAGAACAUCAAAAACGCCAAAACAGUUUUAAGAGCAUCGUAUGCAGUUGCUGCUAGUAUCGGUUUAGUGAAUUGCUUGAUCUUGCUUUUCGGAAGGAAAUACCUCGCUCGAGUGUUCACCAAAAACGAAGAGGUGAUUGCCGCUGCAUACCACGUCAUGCCAAUUCUAGCCGUCAACCAACUAUAUGACGCUGUGGCGACCUUCAGUGCUGCAGUUCUGCGUUCGCAAGGGAGACAAGCUAUCGGGGGCUUGAUGAAUGUAGUGGGUUACUAUAUCAUAGGAAUUCCAAUUAGCGGAUGGCUUGCCUUUGGCUCCCCGCAGUUGGGGUUGAAAGGUUUGUGGUACGGCUGUGGCGUGGGCAUACUGGUACUUGCCCUCUCUCUAUCGUAUUUCGUCUACCAAAGUAACUGGACCAAGAUUCACGAGGACUUUCUUGCUCGAGAGAACGACGAGUUAGACAUCGAUCAAUUUAGUGUGGAUACGAGUUGCAAUUCGCUCAAUACAUAG